GGAGGGGGUAGUGUCCGGUCAACGCUCCUACACUCGCCGGUUAUUGUAUAUAAGGCAAGAGGUUCGAACCAGACUCACGGCAGAUCACCAGAAGACAUGAUCGGGAAAAUUGUUUUGGUUCUAUCAACACUGGCUCUGGCCAAGGCUCAGGUGCCUAGCCUGGGUUUCUGUCCGGACUACGUACCCAUGGCGAACUUUGACAUGGAGAAGUUUCUGGGUGUCUGGUAUGAGGCUGAAAGAUACUUCCAACUUACCGAAGUAGUAUCACGAUGUGUCAUGGCGAAUUAUACCUUAAGCCCUGAUGGUAAAUUCCGUGUCAGCAAUGAAGUUACAAAUAGAUUUACUGGUAUCAAGAGGGUAGUCGAGGGUGAAAUCAAGAAAGCUGCUUCCAAAGCCGAGGAAGGAAAGUUGGUCGUGAAAUACACAAUACCAUUGACCCCAGAAACGAAAUACUCCGUGCUCGAAACAGACUAUGAUUCCUAUGCAGUUUUAUGGAGCUGUUCUGGCAUUGGACCAUUCCACACUCAGAAUGCUUGGGUCAUGACAAGAGACAGAAUUGCUCCAGGCCCAACCUUGCAGAAGGCCUACUCAGUUCUGGACAAGUAUAAGAUCUCCAGGACGUUCUUCGUUAAGACAGAUCAAGAUGACUGUGCUUAUUUAGACACAAAACCGACGAAACCAGAAGAAGCAGAACCCCCAAAAGAAGAAGCAACGCCUCAAAAAGAAGAAGCUCCUCAAAAAAAUCCAGAAAAUGUUAGAUCUGCGGUCGUACCGGAUGCUCCAGCACUGAUAAAAGAAUUGGGAGUUUUUAAAGCGGACAAAGAAGAAGUGCCGAUUAUUCCUGGUGUUGAAAAUCUGAAAAAUGUCAACACAGUUCCCGAACAUAUUUUAGUUGUCGCUGAUUCCUUGAAGGAAGACAUGCUUAUGGAUAGUACAAAAACAGCAGAAGAGAAAAAACCAAGCGAUCCUGUAAACGAGGUGACCCCGGAGAUCGCGAAGGAAGCGAAAGAGACUAAACAAGUGUACAUUGAUUUUGAUAAUUUUAGUGUUGUUCGUUUAAGAGACGCUAAAGGACUGGUCCACAGACAAUUAGCCGGCAUCAGCCUUCAAGAGUUCGUCCGCGUAAGUGGAAGGUGUACGGAACGGGAAGACCAGUCGCCAGCAGACGGUCACCGCGUGAGAAGUGUAACAGUCAACCCUGGACCAGUUUCGAGUCGUCGACUUUCUGUGUGUACAACGAUUAUCAAUUCGAAUAAAAUGUUACGGGCCUGUCUAAUUCUAAUCGUUGUGAUGGGAGCAGCGGCGCAGGUGCCAUUUUUAGGCACUUGUCCUAAUUUGGAAACCAUGCCGAACUUCGACAUAAAUAAGUAUACAGGGAAAUGGUAUGAAGUGGAGAGGUACUUCGCUCUUUUCGAAUUCGGUGGGAAGUGCGUGACCGCAAACUACAGCCAAGGUGAAAACGGAUCGAUAAAAAUCUUGAAUAAACAGAUAUCUGCCCUGACCGGAGUUUCUUCGAGCAUCGAGGGAAUUGGAAGGUUAAUCGGUAGGAUGGAAGAUCCUAAAUUAAUUGUCACGUUCCCGUCUUUGCCUCUACCUUUAGAUGCACCUUACUGGAUUCUUGACACUGACUAUAAAACUUAUGCAGUAGUAUGGAGUUGCUCCAACUUCGGUGUAUUCAGUGUACGAAAUGCUUGGAUCCUGACGAGAGAACCCAAACCGCCAGUUUCUGUUUUGGAAAAAGCUUAUCAAGUAAUAGAUAAAAAUAGUAUAAGUAGGGCAUACUUCAUUCGCACUGAUCAGAAAAAUUGUCCAGAAGGAAAUUAAAGUAUAAAAUAUUGUAAAAUAUUGCAGUGUGUGUGGCAAAAAUAUUCUUGUCUUUCGUUGUUGUGAUGUCAGCAAAGAUUUAUGGGAUAGGACUUUUUUAAAACUUCAUAGAUUGUAAAGAUUGCUCAAGCAGAUUCACAAUCUCUCACUACUAAUGGUGUUUCGUAAUUUAUAUUAAAUAAUAUUUAUUGCUUGUAUACUUUCAAUAAUAUUAAGUAAUUUAUGAUU